CGACCCGCCGCAGUGGGUAAGCGUCUUGGUGCGAGGAGCAAGAGCGUGCGCAUGGCACGUGUCGGGUGCUGGCGUGGAACAGAACAAGAAGGGCUCGCUACUGGGACCCGCAUCGCAGAUCCUCAGGAACCACAUACAACCACGACCACAAAUGACAACGGACGCGGCUAGCGACCAGCCUAACCCUCCAGACCGGGAAACCAGGAUGGCAGCUGAUGGGAUGGAAGGGGCUGCAAGGCCGGAUAAAAGAAGUAACACGGCCAUUUGCCUGAUCGCCGCCUGCUGUUGCUGCGCGUGUGUUCUUCCUGUCGUGCUCUUUCUCGGCGCUUUCGUUACAAUGGGUCAUGACGUCAUGAAAUCGCUGACACCAGAGGAGUACGAGUUCGCCGGGUGGGCUACGGUGUCUGACGUCCACGAGUGCUCGUCGGUCGUCAGGGAUGUCUUCUUCAAGGACGGAAACCUCGGUGACGCCGCUGUCUCCGCGCUUCUCUGCAUGGGUGUCGCGGCACCGCACCUGAUGGGCCUCGGCGGGGGAUUCCUGGCGCUCUACUAUGACGACAAAAGCGAUAAAAUCGAAGCUUUGAAUGCCCUUGGAGUAUCGCCAGCUGACGUGACCAACGUGGAUGAGAACGCAGUCAAGCGAGGAGCGAAGGCGUCGAUUGUGCCGGGAGCCGUACGAGGUUACGAGGAACUUCACAAAAAGCUCAAAGGAACUAUGAAGUGGGAAGAUCUCUUCGCCCCUGCUCUCAAGUUGGCCAAGGAAGGCUUUCCCAUCAAGAAACACUUUGCAAAAGUUCUCGCCAAGCACGCAACUGAAUUAUCAAAUACGGACAUCAAGAAAAUAUUCAAUGACGUCAGCAAAGAAGGCGACAAGCUUGUACAACCGGACCUGGCAAAACUUCUGGAGGACAUUUCAAAGAAAGGCGCAGAACAUUUCUACACCGAAGUCGGCAAAGAAAUUGUCAGCGGCCUUGGAGCAGAUGCCGUGUUGACCGAGGACGACUUCAAAAACUACAAACCUACCUGGUCUCUGCCAGUGGCGUCAAAAUAUGUUGUCUACACGUUUUACGCUCCACCGUUUCCAUCCAGUGGUGUGUUGUUCCUCGCAGCGAUUCCAACAGGAGUGCUCAAACUUUCACAGACGCUGAAGCAAGGUGAAGGCGGACUUUCUGAACUGGAAGAACGUAUUUUUCAGAACACAGACUCCACCACAUUGAAGAUGGAAAUGAGCAGCGUGCUUGCAAAGUUACCAGACCUCGACGCAGAAGCACCCGACAAAGACUUUCCAGAACUUGUGGAUGAAAUAGUGCAGAGCUCUUUGUCUGGAAAGGCGGCCACGAACUCACAGUACAAGAUUGUUCCAGACUACGGCGGUGUCCACCUGUCCAUAAUCAAGGGUUUCGAAGCCGUGACUAUCAUAUCCGGCAUCAACGAACCGUUCGGAAGCAAGAAGGCUUCAGUACCAGGCCUUAUCAUGAACAACUACAUGAGCGCGUUCGCAACGACAGCCGGCGUGCCGAAUGCACUGAAAGGCGGCAGCCAGCCCAGGACAUCCAUGGUCGCCGUGUUCGCCAAGCGCAACGACCAGCGAGUGCUCCGCAUGCAGGCGGGGGCCGGAGGAGGAAUACCUGGAAUGUGGGCUUUGGCUGAGGUACUAAACUGCAUCUAUGAUCACAAUGUUUCUUCCUGCGUCCGGUCGGUGACCAGAACCCUUCCCACACCUGUCAUCACCUCAGACAAGGAUCCCGACAUUGAGGCUACGGCCAGUGGAAUAUUCGCCAAGAAGCCCCUCGUGUCCUGGCUCGCCCCGAACGACAAUGUGCACUGCGAUGGCACCAGUGAUGGCGAGAAAGCGACUCUGGCGGAGAAGUUGGACUACUGCAAGACGACAAAAAAUUGCGGCUAAAAGGGCCUGUAAUACAAAUAACAUGCUAGCAAGGAGCAAAAAUUAAAAAAAAACAGAGAGAGAGAAAGAGAGAGCAACAUUGGAAGACCUACUUAUCUUCUUUGUCG